GCUACCAUUAGCAGUUGGCUAUCCUCAGAAGGAUCUCACAGCAAAAUACAGGUGUAUUAUACACACGUAUAAUGCAGAAUCACUGUGCGGUGCCGAACUGCACUAGUGGCAUAUCCGACCCUCAGCCACUCUUCAGGUUUCCUCAUGAUCCAGAAAGAUCCAAGAAGUGGGUUGAAAAAUGCCAGAGGAGGGACCUGAUAGACAAAUCACCAGACCAGCUGCACAGACACUACAGACUGUGUGGAAAGCAUUUUGAAUCAUCUUUGAUUGAUAAUGGUGCUCAGUGUACAGUGUUGAAAGAUGAUGCCAUACCAACUAUCUUUGACGUGCCAAGCCAACCUCAAAAUGGACAGGUGAAGCGCAACAAAGAGACGACCAAAGAUGAUGAAACAGAGAGUAAGGGGAGAAAAAAAAUGAAGAAGUCUCAAGACACAGACGCAGCUAAGGCAGAUGUCCAGACAGAUGAGGAAGAAGAAUACAGAGAGUAUCUCAAGUCUUUAUUUGAAGUUCUUGUAUUGUUGGGAGAGCAAAACAUUCCUCCCACGGGGCCUGGUGAUAGGAAAAAGGAUGGUCUUAGGGAAAGCAACUUUCAGGCAUUGUUAGAUUAUCGCAUGAAUUGUGGAAAUGAAGUCCUGAAGAAGCGGUACGAUGUGAAUCAGGAGUGCUGCUCCUCAGUUCAGCUGAGUCAGCUGAUUGAGGUGUGUGAGAAAUGCAUCCGCAGUAAGCUGGUGGAGGAAGUUAAACAAAAUGGCUUCUUCUCAUUACUUACUGAUGAUCUGGUGAAGAUCUCCGGAGAAUGGCACCUCCCUGUCUUUGUCCGUUUUGUGGACCAGUCUAACUGUCAGCAGGAGAGGUUUUGUGGAUUCUUGAGCUUUGAAGGAGAUGGAGAUGCCCUGGCAGAGAAACUACUGUCUGAAAUGACUGACGAAUGGGGUUUGGAUAUGGAACAGUGUAGGGGUCAGGCCCACUCCUGCACUGGGACACAUUUUAGUAAAAUAAAAAAAAUUUCUGCCAAACUGAUUGAGAAGUAUCCACUGGCAGUGGUUACUCUGAGAUCUACUCGUACACUAAAUGUAUCAUUGGCCAAUGGUAUGGUUUUGUCAGGGGUUCAGCUUGUCAUGUCUACCUUUAAGAAGAUUGAGUCCUUCUUCAGUCAGUCCAAUUUACUGCAGUUGGAGUUGGGGCAUGCUAUUUUGAUUUUCUACCCAGACAAAGAGGAUAAAGCUAAUGAACUGAAGGACAUCUGUCAUACCAGCUGGACCAGACGACAUGAUGCGUUUGAUGUGGCAGUGGAAAUCCUAGAGGCACUUCUACUUUGUGUGGACAGCGUGCAUGACAAUGAAGACAUGCGGUGGAGUGAUCAAGUCACACAUGAUGCCUUAGAGAUUUCAAAAGCACUGGUUGAUUUUGAGUUUGUCAUGGCAUUGGUCGUGCUGAAAAACGUGAUGACACUUACUCGAGCAUUCGGGAAGAACGUACAAGGGGAAGCACCAGAUGCCCAUUUUGCCGCAACCAGUUUAAAAGCUGUAUUACACUCCCUGAAGGAAGUGUCUGACAACAUUGAUGUGUAUCAUGAGUUCUGGAACGAUGAGGCUGUUAACCUAGCCACAGCAAUGGAGAUCCCAAUAAAGGUUCCUCGGUCAUUCUUGAGAAAGCAUCACUCAGAAUCUGGAACCAUUCAACCAGAUAGUUACUACAAGAACAACCUGUCUGUUCCUGUGGUGAACCACAUCAUUAACGAAAUGAAUGAGCUCUUCAGUGAGGACCACUUGAAGUCUCUGAGGUGUCUGUCACUGGUCCCUGCCGUCAUAGAGCAGCAUAAGUCUACUGAACCUGAAGAAGAGAGCAUACAGGUGUUCAAAAAUUACAUCCCUAAUGCAGGAACCCUCUCUGCCGAGCUACACUGUUGGUGGGUUAAAUGGAGCAAAAAGGGCAAAGGGGAGACUUUUCCCUCCAAUAUCCAUGAAACACUGCAGCAGGCCGAUUUGAAGUUCUUCCCAAACAUGCUUGCAGUCCUGAGACUGAUCGGCAUCCUGCCUACCUUGGCUCUGGAAGACAGCUGCAACGUGGCGUAUAAGCGCUUCAAGAUGUACAUGGAGAACACGCCUGACAAAUUCAAAUCUAAAAGCCUUGCUCUUUUGAACAUGAACUAUGAUGUUGGGUUCGAUCUGGAUUCAAUGGUUGAGGUCUAUAUGAACACAUACCCUGAAAGGGGGGAGGUUAUGUGAGUCAAAUCAGUUGUAAUAUGGCAGUUAAGCCUCCAGGCAGAUUACCUACAGAUUUGUUAAUGAGUCGUGCAGAUUGUGUUACCUUGAUCUUGAGAUAAACAUCUGUUUAUCUGUUGUCUGUUUUAUUUCCUAGCUCUCAUAUUGGAAGUAUUUUUUUCAAUUUUUGUGAUAAAAUGUAGAAUGUAAAUGAACUAGCAACUGGACUGCAAAGUGUCAUACAGACAUCUCUGAAUUUUGUUUUUGUUUGCCUUUAUGCUGUUUUCAUUCGUUGACUCCAUUGUUAGAAUCAGUUGCAAAUGGCUGGUGUUUUAGAGUGUGUUAAUACUUUUAAACUUUGUUAAACAGUUUUUUGUGUGUGUUUGUGUGUCACCCACAGACCUCCUGACAUUUAAUAAGUGGGUAAGGGGGGUGAGCCAUAAAACCCUCCCUGAACAUGUAAAUAAAGAUACCGUAAGCUCUUUGCUUUAAUAA